AUGCGACACUCAUGCUCAGAGAUCAUAUCGCGGUUUCUCUAUUAUCGCCAAACCCCUUCCCGAGGUGCUGUCCUCUCUCGGUCGGCCAAGCAAGACAUCCCCAAUGUCACGGUCAUUCGCCCCUGCAAGGGCGUUGAACCCUAUCUCUACGAAUGUCUCGCUUCGACGUUCCAACAAGAUUACCCGCGGAAUAAGAUAGCAGUGCAUUUCUGUGUCUCGUCGCGAGCCGAUCCGGCUUACGCAAUCAUCGAGAAAGUGGUAAAUGACCACCGAGGUCACAAUGCGCGGGUAUUUAUCGAAGAGGAAGACGACGGGGUUGCCAAUGGGGAUCAAGAGGAGAGCAAUUAUCGCCGCUCUCUGGGUCCUAAUCCCAAGAUCCGGAACAUGAGCAAAGCAUACCGCGAGGCAGGGGAACGGGAUCUCGUCUGGAUCCUCGACUGUAAUAUCUGGGUGGGCCAGGGCGUUUGUGCGCGCAUGGUCGACAGGUUAUGUGGUUCCACGAGAGGAGGAGUCCCGCCGGCAACACCAUAUAAACUGGUCCAUCAUCUCCCCAUAUCGGUCGAUGUGGAUCUGGACUCCGACAAGUCAGGUGGACGGGCGGUAGACUCAUCGUUCUACAGCAAUGUUACUGCCACAUCACCCCAAAUUGUCAGCAAAUUUCCCAUUGGUAUCCCGGCUAGACUAAACCCACUCAAGCAGAGUGCUGGUGGCCGCAUCGAAGAACUCUUCCUCUCCUCCUCCCAUGCAAAGAUGUACGUUGCCAUCAACACUGUGGCCGUCGCGCCCUGCAUCCUGGGAAAGUCAACCAUGUUCCGCCGGGUGCAUCUGGACUAUCUCACGUCCCAAAAGGUCACCGAGGAAGACAGACGUGACGCGAGCAGAGACCGGAAUCGCUAUGAUGCAGAAAAGACGGGUUCGCAGAAUGCCAAGAUUGGCAUUGAUUAUUUCUCGCACAACAUCUGCGAAGACCAUCUCAUCGGCGAUCUCCUCUGGAAAUCCCCCGUACCGCCUGUCCCUGGUGUUCCACAGAAAAUGAGAAACCACGGACUGGUGUACGGCGACCUCGCAAUCCAGCCAAUCAACUCAAUGUCACUCCAGUCUUACAUGUCCCGGCGUGUUCGGUGGUUGAGGGUGAGAAAAUUCACGGUUCCGGUCGCGACGCUGGUUGAACCUGGCACGGAGAGCUUUCUCUGCUCGAUGAUGGGCGCUUGGGGCUUGACAACCUGCAGUGCGACAAAAGGGUGGGCUGGGGAAUCGUGGGGGCGAUUUUGGAUGUGGUGGUGCGUGAGCAUACUCUGCUGGAUGGCGGUGGACUGGACCGUGUACUUGUUGCUGCACUCGGGUAGGACUGUGGAAACGCCUACAUCCACAUCCACGUCCUCAUCUACAGGGUCCAACACAGACUUGGCAGCUGGAGCCGAAAACGGAGGAGACAAAUAUGCCAAGGUACCUGCGUUCGCCAGACCACUAUCGGCAGCCAUCCGCUCGCGGCGGGGAUUUACAAUCUGGUUCCUCGCGUGGCUGGGCCGCGAAUCCCUCGCCCUCCCCAUUUGGACGUGGGCGAUCUGGGGCGGGACGAGCGUGACCUGGCGCGAGCAGCGGUUCUGGGUCGGGUGGGAUAUGAAGGUGCACGAAAUCCGAGACGGGAAGGCCGAUCGGCGGCGCAGAAAUGAGGACGAUGAUGGAAGUCUGAUGGAGAAGACUAAUGGACAUGCAACGAUUACGAAUGUGAAUGCGAAUAUGAAUGUGCAUGUGAAUGGGGCCCCGAGGAAGCGGAAAGCGCGAAAGUAUUGA